AUGUCCACCCCGGGACCGCCUUCGCCCAAGUCUCUCCCCCCUCUGCACAACAAGAGAGAUCGGGACGAGAGUAACGGUUACGGAGGGAAGCGUGGCCGUGUAGCAGGCGCAGCAGGUGCAACAGCCGGCAGCAAUGGCGGUCGGCCUGUGUCGCAAGGGCCUUCCCCGAGGAAGUCGACUCUGGUUGGCGAAGGUCGAAGCCACAGUCUUAAUCGAGAAAACCACCCCAACCUGCUCGUCAACGUUAAGACUUACAAGGACUCGCUGUACGGCACUCUCGAGCUGGAGCCGGUGAUCCAACUGCUGAUGGACACGCCUCAGUUCCAGCGCCUGCACGGCCUGAAGCAGCUGGGCACGAGCGACAACGUCUUCCGCAGCUGCACGCACACGCGCUUCGAGCACAGCGUCGGGGUGGCGCACCUCGCCCAGCGGUUUGCCGAGGGCCUCCGCAGGCGGCAGCCCGAGCUCGGGAUCACCGCCGCCGACGUCAUGUGCGUCAAGAUAGCGGGUCUGCUGCACGACCUCGGCCACGGUCCGUUCUCUCACAUGUGGGACGACGCCUUCGUGAAGCGGAUGGGCGUGAAGUGGGAGCACGAGACCGGGAGCGUCAACAUGAUGAGGUACAUGCUCAGGGGAGGGGACGGGGGUCCCGCGAAGGCGAUCGACCUGGGGAGGUACCGCCCCGCCCUCGACGCCAAGGACGUGACCUUCAUCGAGGAAAUGAUCCUCGGGACCCCCGAGGAGCAGCGAAAGGGGCGCUCUUCGGACAAGGAGUUCCUGUACGACAUCGUCAACAACACCAGGUCGGGGCUCGACGUCGACAAGCUCGACUACUUCCAGCGAGACGCGCGGAACUCCGUGGGAGACCGCCCGAUGGACCUCGACCGCUUCAUCGAGCUCGCGAGGGUCCUCCCGGCCGAAGACCAGCGCGGGAACCGCCGCAGGAUGAUCUGCUACCCGGACAAGCUCUGGACCGAGGCGCUGGGCCUGUUCCGGAGCCGCAUGGAGCUGCACACCCUCGUCUAUCAGCACCACGGGGGGAAGUCGGUCGAGCUGAUGCUGGUCGACGCGUUCGCGAAGGCGGACCCGUACUUCACAGUCCCCGGCACGGUGGACGAGAAGCACCCGGACGGGAGGUGGAGGAUGAGCGAGGCCAUCCACGACUGCAAGGCCUACACCCGGCUCAAGGACAGCCUGGUUGACCUGGUCACGAACGACCCCCACCCGGGCCUGGGGCCGGCGAAGGGCAUCCUCGAGCGGCUGGAGCGCAGGGACCUGUACCCCUGCGCCGGGGCCACGGAGUGCGACUUCACGAAGCUGGGCAUGGCGGAGGAGGAGGUGGCCAGCGAGAUGGUCCGGGUGCUCAGGAACGGCGGGGGGGGGGCGUUGCCCCCCAGGAGGGAGAAGGAUGACGGGGAAAGCGACACCGAGAUUGACGAGGAGGAGGGGGGAGCGGUGGGGACAGACGAGAUAACUGAGGUGUUGGAGGAGGAGGACAUCAUUGUCGAGUUUAUGCGCAUACAUUGGGGUCUCAAGGAUGCCAACCCUGUCAACAGAUUGAGAUUUUUUUCCAAGUACGCGCCGAUGGGGCCGGACACUCAAGGCGUUCGCCUCGACGAAGAGAAAUACGCCAGCUUUCUGCCACGAGUCUUCGAGUCCAAGAAGAUCAGGGUCUUCGUGCGGAAUACCGCCAAGGUGGAUGCGGCGAGAAAGGCUCUGGAGCUGUUCUGCCACGAGCACGGUUGCAGCAGUCCUUCGCCCCUCUUGUCCCAGGACGGUUAGAGCUGGCGUUCUGGUGAUGAAGGAACAGUUUUGGCGAGAGCUAAGAUAUCGUAGACCAAAGUCUCUCUAAGCGUCUAGAUCUCGGAACAGCAAUGAAGGCCAGCGGCAUGGUGCCAUCGAGGAUCUCUUGCCCACGAGCGGGGCGGGGCGGCGUACCCCUCUUGAAGGGCGACGUGAGGUUCUUUCGGUUUGGUCGGUUGCUGUCAAACAACAAAGCUUGCGGGUUAGUGCUUGUUGAGGUUGUUUUGGGGGCACGGAAAGACUAGCAGGAGGCAGCACGACCUUCAAGAAGUAGCUAUGUAAAUGGCUGCUUGAGCAAGCAGAGGCAGAAACUUGAAAACACGAAAAACGAACCAUGCUCCAGAUCGAUCGUUGGUCUGGCACGAAACGGCUGCUAGUGAGCAUGCUCGAUUGAUGCUGUGCCAAAAUAGAACAAGCGAUGUUUGUAGCUGUCGGAGAGAGAGCCCACGGCGUGCAGAUUGACUUGUUAUACAUAUUUGCGCAGUAUUAUGGCACAAAUGCAUCGUUUUUUUGUUCUUCUCACUAUAGCUGGACACUUUUGGGCCAGGGCGACUGGUGGUGCAGUUUGUCGUCUCUGUGUGAGAACGCACCAUCCGUGGCAUGUACUUUUACGUCAACGUGUAGGCGUCUGAUUCUACAUCGUUGUUGCCGAUAUUACUACUACUGUGGCUUGUUUAUGGGCGAGCGGGAGAACCAAUUGCCCGUGCAUGACUCGGUUGAUGAUGCUUUGUUGCCCGGUCCUCGUCACGAGGCCCUCAUUAAAGCGAAACCAUCGCCCACCCGCUGUACAAAAGAAUACGUCGGCAAGGAAGUACCGUACGUAGGUUGUUUUGUUCUUGAGCUUGAUGGUUAGGGUUGUCCACCGAACCUGUUGAUGUGGAGGUUGGUAUGUUGUGAACGGGUUGGUUGUUCCCCCUUGUUUGCACGUGUACUUGUACGUCGUCCCACUCAAUUUUUUGGUAUGUACCGUCGUUUUUGUGGCACGCUUAUUCCUCUUCCCUUUUAUGCCGUCUGUGUGAGAGUGUAUGUACAAGUUUUGCACGUAGUUUUGUACUGUAACUCGCGGACAUCCUGUCAUGGGUGGGUGUUGUCGUGCACCGACCAAACAAGACUUGCAGCUGCGAGGGUGUCGUUCCUCUCUUCAUUUGGCAGGCAAGCCGUUGUGUUCGGUGAAGUUGCUGUCGUCAUUUGUGUUGUUUUAUGCUUUGGUGACGUGCGUCCCUUUUCAGGGUUCGUUAGCUUUUGUACUUUAUUUUAUUUCUCGGGGGGGGGGGCACCGUGAAGUUCAAUUGCGCAAGACGCAAGAUGUUUUGCCAUACAUACCAGCAUUGUGUAGUGCGCCGACUAGCUUAGGGUGUGGCUGGGCUCCAUGCGUUGUUGUAUGCAUAGGCGUGUCCAACUGCGCAGACAAAGAUGAGGACCAUUGGGGAGCCAUAGAACCAACGAGAGACAUGCACACGAUGAUUCGGCUCGAUCUAGUAGCUGAUGAAAACGAUUAGUUCGUGUGCGUGUGGUGCCUUAGUUUUCAUCCCGUCUAUUUUGGGCGUCAGCCGAAGUCUCGGCAGGAGGGGUGGAGGGAUAGGAAUCUUUGUGUGUGGCCACGGAUUGGAGAUAUUGUGGGUCCUAUCCGGCAGAAUGCUGUGAGCUGUGAGUGCUGAUUGAAAGCGACG